AAAGUUGCAGUAGUUGGAGCUGGAUUUUCUGCUAUGGAUGCUGUUAGAGUUGCAAGAAGACUUGGAAGUGAAGCAUUUAUUAUUUAUAGAAGAUCAGAACAUGAGAUGCCAGCUUCAUCAUCAGAAAUAGAAGAAGCAAAGGAAGAAGGAGUUACUAUGAUGACAUUGUGUAAUCCAACUAAAAUUAUUGGAGAUGAGAAUGGAAAAGUUAAAGGAAUUGAAUGUAUUAAAAUGAAAUUAGGAGAGCCAGAUGCAUCUGGAAGAGCUGCACCAGUUCCAAUUCCAGGCAGUGAAUUUGUUAUUGACUGUGAUAUGGUUAUUCAAGCCAUUUCACAAGUUGUAGAUUUAGGGUGUUGUCCUGGAGUGGAACUAACUCAAUAUGGUACAUUAAAAGUAGAUGAAAAUUAUAAAACAAGCAUUAAUGGUUUAUAUGCAGCUGGGGAUUGUAUUACUGGUCCAAAAUCAAUUGUUGAUGCAGUUGGUGAUGCACAUAGAGCUUCAAAUGCCAUUCAUGAAUAUUUAACAAAUUUGACGAUAACCCCAAUGGAACAAGAUUAA